GGGAAAAGUCGACUGCGCUGCGAUCGUAGUAGCGAAUCUGCCAUAGAAAGCAGACACAAUUUUUGCCGACACGAGUGUUUGUGCAUAAUCAGCAGCCAUUGAAACAGGAAGAGAUUUGUCAGGAGGACCGAUAAGUUUUAUAAAAAAAUAUCAAAAUGUUGAAGCAAGUAACCAAACAACUGGCCACCCAAUCUGUGCGAGGUUUUUCUACCACAAAGCAGAACAACUUCAAGGUCACCGUAUGCGGCGCCUCAGGCGGUAUUGGACAGCCACUUUCGCUGUUGUUGAAGAACAAUCCAUUGGUUUCGAAUUUGGCGUUGUAUGAUAUUGUACACACUCCUGGUGUGGCUGCCGAUUUAUCGCACAUUGACACCCAAAGCACCACUGAAGGUCAUAUGGGUCCAGAGCAGUUGGGCAAGGCUCUUAAAAAUGCUGAUGUUGUUGUUAUACCUGCUGGUGUACCACGUAAACCCGGCAUGACCCGUGAUGAUCUGUUCAAUGUGAAUGCAGGAAUUAUUCGUGAUAUUGCUAAUGAAAUUUCGAAGAGUUGCCCAAAGGCACUGGUUGCCAUUAUCACCAACCCCGUUAAUACCUGUGUUCCAAUCGCCGCAGAAAUUCUGAAAAAGGCUGGAGUCUACGAUCCUAAGCGAUUGUUUGGUGUCUCUACAUUGGAUGUAGUUCGCGCACGUGCUUUCAUUGGUGCUGCAUUGGGUGUUAAUCCCCAGCAGGUUGAUAUUCCAGUUAUUGGUGGACAUUCCGGCGUUACUAUUUUGCCCAUCAUCUCCCAAUGCCAACCUGCAUUCAAGGGCGAUCAAGCCACCAUUGAAAAAUUGACAGUACGCAUUCAGGAAGCUGGUACCGAAGUAGUAAAAGCCAAGGCUGGUGCUGGAUCAGCAACUCUUUCCAUGGCAUAUGCUGGUGCUCGCUUCGCUGGUUCAUUACUGAAGGGCUUAAACGGUGAGAAUGGAGUUGUAGAAUGCUCUUACGUACAAUCUGACAUCACCGAAGCGUCAUUCUUCUCUACUCCUUUGAUUUUGGGCAAAAAUGGUCUGCAAGAGAAUUUGGGUCUGCCCAAAUUGAAUGAUUUCGAGAAAAAACUGUUAGCCGCUGCACUGCCUGAGCUGAAGAAAAAUAUCCAAAAGGGUAUUGAGUUCGCUAAUGCUUAAGCGGAAUCACUGUCAAGAUCGUAGCUUUUAAAUAUGUAUAUGGAUACCCUCCACAAUAAAUAUCUAAAGGCAUACACCUAUUUGGGGUUUCAAUGUA